CGAAACUGAAAGUUUGCCAGAGCAACGAUGGAGCUGAGACGUUAAGAUGAGUCUCUCUGUUUCUCUCUGACGAUGAGUGUUAAACGAUCAGAGUUCAUCAGGCCUCUCUCCUCGACACAGCAGCAUCUCUGGCAAACACUGUGCAGACAUGGCUGCUGCAAACUGUCUGCUUCAUGAAGACCAGUUCCUGUGCUCCAUCUGUCUGGAUGUGUUCACUGAUCCAGUCUCCACACCAUGUGGACACAACUUCUGCAAUCACUGCAUCACUCAGCACUGGGACAUGAAUGUCCCGUCCCAGUGUCCCCUGUGUAAAAAGGUUUUCCACAUAAAACCAGAGCUGAGGGUCAAUACUUUCAUCUCUGAGAUGGUGGCUCAGUUCAGACAGGAAGCUCAACAGGAAGCCAGCAGCAGCAGCUCAGAGCAACAAGUUUCCAAACCAGGAGAAGUUCCCUGUGACGUCUGCACUGGAACCAAACUGAAGGCCCUGAAGUCCUGCCUGGUGUGUCUGACCUCCUACUGUGAGACUCACCUGGAGCCUCAUCUGACGAAUUCACGUCUGAAAAGACAUCAGCUGAUGGACCCUGUGGACAACAUGGAAGACAGGAUGUGUAGGAAGCACAACAAACCUCUGGAUCUGUUCUGUAAGACCGACCAGACAUGUGUCUGCGUGCUCUGCUCUGUGUUAGACCACAAGACACAUGAGUUUGUUCCUGUGAAAGAAGAAUAUGAAGGAAAGAAGGCAGAGCUGGGGAAGACAGAGGCUGAGAUUCAGCAGAUGAUCCAGGAGAGACGACUGAAGAUUCAGGAGAUCAAACAGUCAGUGGACUUCAGCAAGGAAAAGGCAGAGAGUAAGAUCGCAGAAGGUGUUCGAGUCUUCACAGCUCUCAUGGAGUCUGUUCAGAGAAGCUUGAAUAAGCUCAUUGAGGAGAUGGAAGAGAAACAGAAAAGCACAGAGAAACAGGCUGAAGGCUUCAUCACAGAGCUGGAACAGGAAAUCUGGGAGCUGAAGAAGAGAAGCUCUGAGGUGGAGCAGCUCUCACUCUCUGAAGACCACCUCCACCUCCUCCAAAACUUCACAUCCCUGAAAGCUGCUCCACCCACCAAGGACUGGACAGAGGUCAGAGUCCGUCCACCAUCAUAUGAGGGGACUGUGGUGAAAGCUGUGGCUCAGCUGGAGGAGACGCUCAGUCAAGACAUGAAGAAGCUGUUUGAGGCUGAGCUGAAGAGGGUCCAGCAGUAUGCAGUGGAUGUGACUCUUGAUCCUCAUACAGCUCAUCCUAAACUCAUCCUGUCUGAUGAUGGGAAACAAGUAAAUCAUGGUGAUGUGAAGAAGAAGCUCCCAGACAACUCACAGAGAUUUGAUACUGGACUCUGUGUCUUAGGAAAGCAGAGUUUCUCUUCAGGCAGAUUUUACUUUGAGGUUCAGGUUAAAAGGAAGACAGCGUGGACUUUAGGAGUGGCCAGAGAGUCGAUCAACAGGAAGGGACACAUCACACUCUCACCUGCAGAUGGUUACUGGACUAUAUGGUUGAGAAACAGAAAUAAGUACAAAGUUCCUGCCGGUCCUGAUGUGUAUUUGCAUGUGAGAUGGAGGCUGGAGAAUGUGGGGGUGUUUGUGGAUUAUGAGGAGGGUCUGGUCUCCUUUUAUGACGUAGAUGCUGCAGCUCUCAUCUGCUCGUUCACUGGCUGCUCCUUCUCUGACAGACUCCACAUGUGCUUUGAUCCUUGUCCUAAUGAUGGUGGUAAAAACUCCGCCCCUCUGAUCAUCACGCCCAUCAAGUGCACUUAAUGGAGUUAUUAAUUUUCUUUUCUUUUUGUUAUUAAGUCAUGUUCUUCCAGAAAACCUGCGCCCUGCGGACCCCUCACGUCCUGGACACACACUCUUUAAACUCUGUUACAGAAAACCAGCUGAUACAAGGACAGGUUCUUUCCUCACACUGUUGCUCUGAUGAAUGUUUGACUUGUUUGCACUACAACCUGCACAUACCUUUUUCAAUGGUCUGAAUAUAUAUGUAUAUAGUUGCAUUAACCACAUUCAGACUGACUCACUGCACUAUUGGUAGCUGUGAAAAAAAAAAAAAGCUUAUUGGAUGUUUUUUAGAAACUUAUUCAGUUUGGGUUGAUGUGUGUGUGUUUAUGUGUGCCGGCAUUUAAAAUAUAUGUGUAACAUACUGUGUAACAUGUUGUAUGUAUGUUUUGCUUGUAGAGAUCUUUAUAUUCUCAGAUGAACGGGGUUGCUUGUACUUCCUGUCUGUCAAACGCCCCAAAAACUGAACUGAAUAAAAA